UGCACCGUCUACAUCUGUGUGUGUCUGCGCGCGUCUGUAUGUGUGUGUAACGGCUGAACUUAAUGGUAACAAAUGGAGGCCUUCAAUCAUAAACUGAACACUCACAUAGACUCAUGGCUGGGCCCCAGAGAUCAGCGGGUGAGGGGAUGGCUGCUGUUGGACGACUACCCACCAACCUUUGCACUCACAGUCAUGUACCUUCUGAUUGUGUGGAUGGGGCCCAAGUACAUGCAGCACAGGCAGCCGUACUCCUGCAGAGGCCUUCUGGUGCUCUACAAUCUGGGCCUCACGCUCUUGUCUUUCUACAUGUUCUAUGAGCUUGUUAGUGCUGUGUGGCACGGUGGCUACAACUUCUACUGUCAGGACAUUCACAGUGCGCCUGAAGUGGAUAAGAAGGUGAUAAAGGUCCUGUGGUGGUACUACUUCUCCAAAGUCAUCGAGUUCAUGGACACGUUUUUCUUCAUUCUACGAAAGAACAAUCAUCAGAUUACGUUUCUUCACAUUUACCACCACGCGAGCAUGCUGAACAUCUGGUGGUUCGUCAUGAACUGGAUACCCUGCGGCCACUCGUACUUUGGUGCCUCCAUAAACAGCUUUGUACACGUGGUGAUGUAUUCUUACUACGGCCUCUCUGCCAUCCCAGCUGUGCGGCCGUACCUCUGGUGGAAGAGAUACAUCACACAGUUACAGCUGAUCCAGUUCUUUUUAACCGUCUUCCACACAAUGUCCGCAGUCAUAUGGCCGUGCGGCUUCCCCAUGCGAUGGCUGUACUUCCAAAUAAGUUAUAUGGUUACCCUCAUCAUCCUUUUUGCAAACUUCUACAUUCAGACGUACAAGAAGCGCAGUGGUUCUCAACAGAAGGGUUCUCCUGCACAUGGACAUACAAAUGGAACACCAUCCAUGGAGCACAGUGCACACAAGAAACUAAGGGUGGAUUGACCUUUGAGGAAGUAUCACCCAAACUCUCACUGUAGUGUAUUAGCUAAUGCUGCUAGAAGGUAUAUGUAUUUUCUUAAUUAAAAUAGCGUUGACUUGAGAUUAAAUAAGCCAUAGCUACAUAUACAUCCAGGGAUUUUUCAUGUUUUUGCACACUGCACAUGGUACAAUAAGGAAAAUAUUAUUAUAGUUCAAGGACAAGAGAAUUGUAUCAUCACUGGGUUUAAAUUUAAAUCCAUCCUCAGCUGAGUGAUUAAGUAUUUAUUCAUAAAACCGAGCCUAAAGGUGUCUGGUUUUAGUUUUUGAUUAAAAAAAAUAUGUGACUGUGAAGAUCUUAGUUGUGCAAAUUGAGGUUAAAUAUUGUGGAAAUACAAAAAAAAAAAAAAAAUUAACAAAACUCACCCUAGAUAUGCCAUUUGCAAAAUCACUGGCAUUAAUAGAAUUUGUAGGGUUGUUCAUUUGAUUAAGACCGCACUCGCUCUGCACCACAUCCUCUGCACUAAAGAAAGCACAAUAAAAAGUAAAUCAAUGUAACUGCUUUGGGGUCAAAUUUAAUAUAAAUGUUAGUUUUAAAAAUACACCAGAUUUGGAGGUUCUUUGUACAACUGACAGUGUUUUCUGAGAAAUUGGUAUUAAACAUGAAUUAUCACUCAUGAAACUGAAUGAAUGAAUUGAAUUCAAUCAACUCAGUCAUUGAAUUGGCGCCAUGUCUAAUAGUACUGUAGCGAUUCAGUGGUGACACCAAGUCCUUUUUAAAAAAUAAAUAAAUAAAUAAAAAAUAUGACUGAUACUGCACAAUAUUUACACCUCAACAAAAUAUGUGUUUUGCUACCAGCAAUAACACUCAGUUAUUCAAUGACACUCAGACGGUCCAAAGGUGACAGCUCCAGACAGUGAUUUGGACAGCAGAAGGUUCCAUUACAUUUGUUAAUGAAGAUAAAAGAACACAGUGGUUACUAUGGCCUUAUCUAACACUUUCCCUGUGCGGUGACAUGACACUGAAAUUUGCCCCUGUGUAAAACUGUAACGCAUAUUUAAUGCAGAUAUUAACAGCACAUGUUAAAAAUGCAGCAUCCAAGAUACAACGUUAAGUAAUAAGGUCGAGUAGUUUUUAGUAUCUAACUCUGACAUUAACCUUUUACCAAAAAGAAGAGUACUCAGUCAGUCAUCAUCUAACCGCUUUAUCCUCCACCAGAGGGUCGCGGGGGUGCUGUGCCAAUCUCAGCUACAUUGGGCGAUAGGCGGGGUACACCCUGGACAGUUCGCCAGUCCAUCGCAGGGCCACACACAGCUAAGAAGUGUACUCCUUUCACACUAUUGUAUCUAUUGCAGUCUGACCCAGUAAAUGCAAUUCAAACUUAAAUUCACCUGCUUUUUAGGUCUGUAGUGCAUAGGGUUGCCAAGUUUCUGAUAAGAAAAUAAGGAAUGCUAAUGUACCUGACAUAUUGCAAUUUACAUUACCCACACACACUACAAACUCACAGAUUAAAAUAUCCGGUUAAACUGUUUUACAAUAGUGUUUCUAUGUAUUUUUCUGUAUCAUUCUAUCAACCAAAAUGAGUUUAAAAAUGUAUAUUUAUACAUUUUUUCACCCGAGCAGUAUUCUCCUGGUGCCAUUUUACCUUUAUACCUUGCUGCGUCUCUGUUGCUACAUACACAGGACUCAAAGUGACCAAUUAAAAGUGCACAUUUUCUGUUUAAUGAAAUCAGGAGAAGGAUUGUAUUUGCCCAUCAGACUAAUCAGACUGUAAUUUUUCUGUCAUGGUUUUGCCGUGAUCAUAUUUGUUCAAUACGGCACACGUGUUACGGAACAAAUCCUUAUUUUACUGGAAUGGUGGCUGCCCUAGUAGUGCACCAUCAUCGGUAACCUUAGGUAUCAACUCUAUUAAGUCAAACUAAUUUAGUACUUCACAAUCACUAUUAUAUAUUCAUAUAAUAUAUAUAUAUGUAUAUUUUACUACUGUAUAGUUGAGAAUGAAUGCUAUCAACCCUAGAAACUGCAAUUAGGGAAAAUAUACUCCCCCCACUUAUUAGAUGCUCAUGUAUUUAAUAAGAAAAAUGUUGUCUUUAUCACAGUUAAAAGCUAUAGAACAGUAAACAAUAAGGUGCAUUCUGGACCAGUUGAUUUUGAAAAUUAUGAAGUCACACUUACUUAACACAAUAGUGAUGUUUAUCUCAGGUUAAAUAGGAAAUGCUCGUUGUUAGCGAAGAUAGCUCACCACUCACAAGUGGUUAGCUUAGCCUAGCAUUAUGAAACUGGGGGAAAGGUUAACCAAACGAUCACCCUCCUUUUCAUCUAACCUUUGUUGAGUGUCACUAGACAGACUGUUUCCCAUUAUUUUGUUAUUUUCAGUCUUUAUGCUAGUUAGCUCUGUGUACAUACUUUUUAAAUGUAAUAUCUUUCUUCUCAGCUAAAAAGAAAUGUUUUUUUUGUUAUCAUUCUCCCCCCAAGAAAACAUCAGUUUUCUCAAGUAAAAUCAGUAAAUCAUGAUAUUAGUGUAAUUGUAUAUUGGGCAAGAGUGUUGCAGUGUACACAGUUCCAGUCACCAAUGUCACAUUAGAUCAUGACAUAAUAUGGUAUAAAAAGAAAGCUACACAGACGUUGAAGUGUAAAUUAAACACUGCGUCACUCCACUGUGCUAAUUCAGUCUAAUGACACUCUACAGUAUGGCCUUAAAAACUGAGUUUCUCUCAGAUGACCUAUAUUCAUUGUCACUGCUUGUGUGGUAGGGCUACAACAAAUAUCCGAUAAAUCAAUUACUAGAUUAAUUGUCAAUUAUUUUAGUAAUCAGUGUUCUUUCAAUAAUUAAAACAAGCUUUCUGAUUUUUCAGCUUCUUAAAUGUGAAUGUUUUCUGGGGUCUUUGCUUCAUAUAACAAGGAAAUCAUUAAAAAUCAUGUUAACUGGACACUGAAUGGUCAUAGAAUGACUGCUAAUGGCUAGGGAAGAAUAGGUUUAUAGGAUAUUACUGUUAGAUAAAAAAAAAUAAAAAAUCUGAAUUCUGUUAAAUCAUUAAUUCCAUGACACAACAAAACAAACUAAUCCUGCUGGUAAAGCUUCAUUCUUUUAUGCACAUUCAGUAUUCUCAUUUUUAUCUAUUUAAAUGUGAUUACAUUUACUCUUUUUAUGCCAACAUGUUGAAUAAAAAUGUUAAACAUUGUUACCGUGAGCAUAUUAACAUGCCAAUGUUAGCACUGUAGCUGAAACCAGUGGCUGUAGACUUGUUAAUUAAAACUCUGAUAUUAUCAACAAACGUUGAAGAUCUGCGAGUGAUGCAAAAACAGACUCUUAUUGUGAACAUGAAUGAACAGUUAUUUGAAUAAAUAAAUAAAAUAACUUGAUCACACUGACGGUUUAAUUGUGAAUUACUAGACUGUAUCAAAUUACAAAUGUGAAUGUAUAUUUGGAGGAGGGGAUUAUUCUCAUUCAGCCCAUGACUCCUACUACUUUGCUUAUUUUCUCAGGUAAUACCAUGUCAGCUGUUAACAGUCUUAACAUGUAAUGUAAUGUUGAUUGCUAAAAGUUUCAAUAAAUGACAGUUUACUCCAGAAAUGUACUAACACUUUAA